AUGAGUAAUAGACAAAAUACCGAAAAGCCAUUUUCAUCUACGGAACCUCUUCCGUGGCGUCUGUUGGAUCCCGGCUUAUGUCUUGAAGGUAUUUGUUUGAGAACAAAUGGAAAAUGUGUUGCACAUAAACAAAUGGUCAUUGGCACACUAGAAAUGGGCAAAUUUACCAUUUCUCGUAAUUAUAUUUUCAAAUGUCCUAUGUGUGAAAAUAAUGUGCGCGCUAACAAAUUUGGUUUAAAUCGUUGUCAAUGGCGAAUAAUACAUACUAAUAAAUGGUUAAGUGUUGGUGAUGUUUACGAAAAAUAUGAUUUAAGUUCAUUACCAAUAAACAUUGAGACUCAACCUUUGCCUAGUGAUUUUGAACCACCUGAGAACUGUUCAAUAUGUUUAGCAUUAAUGGAUAAAAAAAAUCAAUGUUUCAUUUUACCAUGUAAACAUAUAUUUCAUAUGGAAUGUAUUCAUGGUUGGAUUGAUGCUGAAGAAGAUGCAUCACUUCAAUGUCCGAUUUGUCGACGACCGAUUUUUGAGUAA